CGCUUCCGGCGGCCGCGAUGGUGGAGCAGGGAGGCGGUGAUGGCGCCAUGAGCUUCCUCAAGCGCUUCCCGCCGCCGGCCGACGGCGUCCGCCACCAGCAGCCGGACACGGAGGCGCUGCUGGCGGGGCGCAGCCUGGGCUCCGGCACCCUCUACAUCGCCGAGAGUCGCCUGUCUUGGCUGGAAAACUCUGGAGUUGGCUUCUCCUUGGAUUACCCCACCAUAAGUUUACAUGCUGUCUCCAGGGACCUGAGCGCCUAUCCAAGGGAGCACUUGUACGUCAUGGUGAACGCCAAGUUCGAAGAGGAGACAAAAGAGGCUCCCAUGACUGAGGGGGAGGAGGAUGACAGCGAUGAUGACGUUGAACCAAUUGCGGAAUUCAGAUUCGUACCUAGCGACAAAUCAGCCUUGGAAGCCAUGUUCUCAGCGAUGUGUGAGUGCCAGGCCCUGCACCCAGACCCGGAUGAUGAGGACUCAGACAACGACUACGAAGGGGACGAGUACGAUGUUGAGGCCCGCGAGCUAGAACAAGGUGACAUCCCAAGCUUUUACACAUACGAAGAAGGAUUGUCACAUUUAACUGCAGAAGGCCAGGCCACGCUGGAGAGGUUAGAAGGCAUGUUAGCCCAGUCUGUCAGCACCCAGUACAACAUGGCUGGAGUGAGAACAGAGGACUCCAUAAGGGAGUUUGAAGAUGGGAUGGAGGUGGACAUAGCACCAGUAGUUGCAGGGCAGUUUGAAGAUGCUGAAGUCGAUCACUGAGGAGGACAGGUGCUGCUAUUCUUCUUGUGGCACUUCCAGAAUAAGCUGUAAAACCGAAGGCAUUGCAGUGACUAUCGGGAGUUAACCUUUCUUUUAAUGACCUAAGUUUAGAUAUCUAGGUCUAAAAAUGCUUGUAGAGAUGUUUAAAACAGGGUUUGACAUUUGUGACCACUAUGGGGUUAUUUUAAAAAAACAACAAAAUAAAAAAAAACAACAAAACCUCUUGCAUCUAACGCUUGAAUGGGGCUAAUCAGGGGUCAUUUCAUAGAUUCACAGAAUGAUUUGGGUUGGAACAGACCUUAAAGAUCAGCUGGUUCCAACCCCACCUGCCGUGGGCAUGGAUGCCAUUGAGUAGAUCAGGUUGCCCUAAUCUGGCUGUGAACACUUCCAGGGAUGGGGCAGCCACAGUCUCUCUGAUCAAACUCUCUGGCCUUUUAAAGAAGCCUUUGUAGGAAAUCUAGGACUUCAGAAAUAAAACUGUAAGUAGAACAGAAUUUUAGAUUGUCCUAGAAUUUUCCAUAUUUUUUUACCUGUCAUUGACUCUGUGAGGAAGAAAGGGGAAUAGAAGUGUUACAACUAAAAGGAAAUAGAGUUGGCCAAGGAUUAAAAGAAAAGCAAAAUUAAAACCUCCUCAAGUAACUGGCUUUAUCAUUUCAGUGCUAUCCCUUUCAUUUCUCUGAAAGCUGAGCUUGGAUGGUAGAGGAGAUGGAAUAAAGUCUGUAAAGUCCGGACAAAGAGAACUGCUUUGUGUCUUUGUAUUAAAUGUUAACAUUGUUAAAUAAACUAAGAUUUUUGUAUCUCACAA